GCGUAGUUUUGUUGAUACGCUUUGUUGUGCGCGCUCCCGAGAAAUUGGGUACGGAUUACUUCCGGGUACGAACCUUGGCUCAACAGCCAUUUGUGUUGCGAAAAUCUCGUUAGCAUUGAAGCUAGUAGGCAGUUAGCAUAGUUAGUCGCUUGAUAAUGGUCUAGCAACCUGUCACGGGGAGGAGGUAAAAUAAACACUUAAAACAGAAUAUCACUUAUUUGCAGUCUACAGUGUAAAAACGUCUCUGUUUCAGUCGGAAUGUGUCAUACAUGGCUUCAUCAUGGCGUAUUUUAAAACUUGCUUCCUUACUGAGAAAAGAACUGGCAAGGCAUCAAGCGUGGACCAAAUCAAACAACGUUUUGUUUUUGGGUUCUGCUCAAGCUGUGCUAAUGAGUGCACUGACAGACUUUGAGCCAUCAGCAAAGAGGCAAAAAGUUGAAACAAAUAUUCCAGCCACACUUGCAUCUUUUCACAGAGGUGGAUCUUUACGUAUUCACAACACAGGUAAUAAAAUAUCUCAAGUGCAAAGGGAAAACAAGCCAGAGAUGGAUCUUCGAACAAAAAAAGAAGAAGACGGUUCGCUGGACGAAAAGAAAAAAGAUUUGUUUAAAAAAACCGGCGUUGGACCACAGCAGAAGAUCAGAAAUACUCUUGAUCAGUGGCUGGUCAAGCCUUCAAAAGGUCCAAACACAACAGAAGAGUGCCCAAGCCGGAAAGAUGCGGGAGUGACGGACGGCUUUCAGAGCAGUUCAGCCUCGUCUUUAAACCGUAAAAACACAGAGAAGUCGUCCGUGUCAGACGUGGAUGAAGAUACACAACUGUUAACGCCGCAAGACUUUGCUCAAAGCCCAGCUUCAAAGGAUUCUACAGGAAGUGGAUUUACACAGAGAGACUCGCGGGAUGAAAAUGAGUUUGAGAAACAGGUGACCGAGGGCUCUGCCAAAAAAAGAUCCAAAAUAACAGACUUCUUCUCAGGAGGCUCAUCCCAGAGUUUACCUGUGAAAAGGGGCUGUCCGGGUACGUCUUCAGAGGAAGGAGAUCGAGACAAGAAAACAACGCCUGCAGAUGUCAGCUGGUUGGGAACACCGAUCAGUGAGCUAAAGAGAAUGCCAGAAUGUGGUGGAACCAUUCUUCCAUUGAGGGACGAUCCUAGCCAGCACACCGUUCUGAUACGGACAGACCUUCUUCAGAGCUGUAAAGUUCCUGUUCCAUAUCCGUCUAAAUUCAUGGAUACCUGGGAUAAUAUCCACGUCAGGAUGCCCUGCUCGAGCAGAAACGUGUUUCCUGUCAACGAUGAGGAGCUGCAGAACCUGCAACAAAAGCAACGCUGGGAACAGAUCAAGGAAACUUUAACCAAGAAAUAUAAAAGUGCAGAUGAGCUAAAGAAUGCCAUACUGAAAUAUUGUGCGCCACAAGCAGAAAGCGGGGACUUCAUAGCGUUGGAUUGGUAUUGCACUAAGGUCCUGGAGCCUGAUGCUGCCGAGCAUCUGUUUGACUCUCUGCUGCCAGACAUGGCGCAAUUAGCGCUGCGAGCAUCCGAGCUCUGCACCAAGCCUAUACCCCUUCUGAAAAGAGGCAUGAGCCACUCCAUCACCAUGUCUCAGGAGCAGGUGGCUUGUCUGCUUGYCAACGCCUUCUUUUGCACCUUCCCUCCAAGAAGAGAGACUGAGCACUGCAACUACCCAGACAUCAACUUUUUCAGAUUGUUUAAGGGRUCCAAUUCAAAGAAAAUGGAAAAGCUGAAAACCCUGAUGAGCUAUUUUAGAAGUGUCACUCAACAGAUGCCGACUGGACUUGUGACAUUCAGCCGACGAAAACUGGACAAACCGCCCAACUGGAGAAGCUCCAAGACUUUGCUCACGAAGCUCCACAUCACGUGUAAAGGAACCAUUGAGCAUGACGGUUAUGGAAUGCUUCAGGUGGAUUUUGCCAACAAGUUUGUCGGAGGAGGGGUCAUCGGUUCUGGUCUUGUUCAAGAGGAAAUCCGUUUUCUCAUUAAUCCCGAGCUAAUUGUGUCUCGUCUCUUCACGGAAGCCCUGGAUGAUAAUGAAUGUCUAGUUAUCACAGGAACGCAGCAGUACAGCAGAUACAAAGGUUAUAAUGAGACCUACAGGUGGAGUGGCAGCCACCAGGACACAACUCCAAGAGACGGCUGGCAGCGAAGGUGCACUGAGAUCGUGGCCAUCGAUGCUCUAAAGUUCAGGAGCUUCCUCGAACAGUUCCAGCCAAGCAAAAUCAAUCGAGAACUUAAUAAGGCUUACUGUGGCUUCGCCCAGCCUGAGAAGGAAAGUCAGAACCUUGCAGCCGUGGCAACAGGGAACUGGGGCUGUGGUGUUUUUGGAGGUGACACACGUCUSAAAGCUCUGAUCCAGAUGCUGGCAGCUGCUGAGGCGGGCCGAGACGUAGCUUAUUUCACCUUUGGUGACAGUCGGCUCAUGACAGAUGUCCACAAAAUGCACUCUUUCCUCACUCAGAGGAACGUCAGUGUUGGGGAGGUGUAUGAUCUCCUGGGGCAGUACUACAGCUCGGUGUGCAGGAGCAGCCUCACUCAGCGCCCCGAUGUCAGCCUCUACUCCUUCAUCUACUCACAGGUCAGCUCCUCCGAGGCGCCGGGCGACUCCGACAAAGGUUCGACCAGACUACACACACCCUCAGAGAGCCAUUAAGGCUGCGUGGCUGAUGAGUCACUGCUUUWUCUUUAGAUUAAAAAWUAAAUAAAUAAGUUUGAAAUCUUCUAA